AUGUAUCAUUCACAACAGUUACCUUAUAGUUCAAAUUCAGUAUAUGGAUAUCAAGGGUAUCAAACAUAUCAACAGAAUUUGCAAGCACCUUCCGGUUAUGUUCCUGGUGUAGCACAAACUCAACCUUCAGGAUAUGGGCUUCCUCAGAAUAUAUCAAAAAUCGAUUUUAAUGCACCUAUUAUUCAUUUUGGAGCAAAUGCCGAUCAAGUAAAAUCUCAGGCUGCCAUUAUUACAUCUGCACCCGUGCUUAUACCAAGAGUUGCAGUUCCUCGUGAUCCUCCGAAUUUUUUACAGCCGCUUACCGUAGAGCAACAAAUUAAAACAUUAUUCAUUGGUUCUAUUCCUGAUUAUCUGGAUGAUUUUUGGAUUGAUAAAAUGUUGAAGUCUGUUGCAAAGCUGAAAGAAUGGAAAAGAGCUAGUAAUGCUACAGGUUCUUUUCGGAAUUUCGGAUUUGCUGAAUAUGAAGAUUUUGAACAUGUACAAAGGGCAAUUAUAGUUUUAGAAGAUUUGACUAUUCCUUCUUUAAAAAGAGAUAGUGAAGGUUGUAAAAUAAUGGUUGUAGUUGAUCAGAAAACUCGAGACUAUUUAAGUGAAUGGAAUGAAACAAGAGAAAAUAAGAAUCCGCAACGGGAACAGAGUCUUGUUAUGCAAGCUAAAAGUAAUCUUAUUAAAGUUCUUGAAGAUUUUAAGGAUCCUAAUAAACGUGAUUUGAAGAAAGUUUCUUCUGAUGAUAGGUUUAAAGAAAUGCAAACUUCUGAAAAUAAGGAGGGGUCCAAAAUGUUUACUUCAGCACUUAACGUUGAUGAUGAAUUAGAAGAUAUACCUGCUGAACAACGUGAAGCUGUUGCUCGUGAAAUUUCUUCUUUUAGAGAAAGAUCUGCAAGAAGAGAAUAUGAAAAGUUAAAGAGAGAAGAAGAGGUUGAGAGAAGAAAGCUAGAGUUUGAAAGAAUGGCUAAGUUAUCUGUUCCUACAAAACCUGCUUCUCAGAUAAAGAAUUCUGUUAAUCAAAGAAUGAAAAAUGAGAAUUCUCAACUUUUAACAGAUUCUGUUAAUGAUCGUAGGUCUAACCAAAUCAUUAAAGAUUAUCAAAAACCAAUAACAUUUGUAUUAAAAGAAAUUAAUGGUUAUACUCGAAAUCAUGAAGAUGAAUUGGAUAAUACAAGGUCUUGUGAAGAAAUAGAAAAAGAAAGAAAAAAUAAAAAACAAAAAGAGCUUGAAAUUGCAUUUUAUGAAAGAGAAAAAAGGUGGUUAAAUAGAGAAAAGUCUCGAACAUCUGCAUUGGAGCGGGAAAUGAACAGAGAUAAAGAAGAAGUGUCUCGUGAAGCCAAAGAUAGAGAAAUUAUGUCUCGUCGACUUGCUGAAUGGGAUGAUGAUUUAGAGGCUGAAAGGGCUACUGAAGAAUAUUAUAAAGAUAGAUCAUCAUGGUUACGGCAUAGGAUUGUAUUUCGCAGUAGAGAAAUGGAAAUGGAUGCACGUGACCGUAGUUUAGAAGAACGCCAAGAAGCAGAGAAAUCUAAAGUUAAUACUAAUGCUAAUUUUCUUCCUAAAAAGCAUGUUAUAGAACAUACACUUGUCGAGUCUGGAAUUAAUAAAGAUAUUGGACCUAUUAAACUUACUUUUAACUCUUUAAAGAAGCAAAUAGAUGUUCCGAAAAGAGUUGUUUCUGAAGUAGAAAAACUACUGGAAGAUGAUGAUGAUCUUUAUACUAGAAAUAAAAAACGAAUAUUAUUACCUCUUGACUAUGAGGAUGUAGAAACAGUUGAAGAUAAUGAAACUAGGAUUAAAAGAAUUAAAGAUAUUGUUGCAUUUGUUCCAUCUGAAAAAGAAGGGUUAUGGAGCUGGCCAAUUAAAUGGGAUUUGUUAACUAAUUCUAUUAUUGAAGAUAAAAUUCAGCCAUUUGUUGCAAAAAAGAUUGUCGAAUAUGUUGGAGUUCAAGAAGAUGACUUAAUUAAAUUUAUUAUAGAUCAUUUAUUAAAAAGAGGUAGUGCUGAAGAACUUGCAAAGGAGUUAGAAAUGGCUAUGGAUGAAGAAGCUGAAUUGUUUGUUAAUAAAAUAUAUAGAUAUGUCAUUGUUAUAUUAGAAACCAUUAUAUAG